AUGACCACGCUUCUCACUCCAUCUGAACAAUUAAUGAGGGAGAUCAGCUCACAUUUAGCUACUACUGCGGACGUGAUUCCCUCUGUUGUGGCACUGAAACGUUUGUUGAGCAGGGCAGCUGACACAGACAGUGGGGUCCGCACAGCAAAGGACACUUCACUGGAAGCUGUGAACCAGCGAUUUGGAAGCGCUUUCUCUGAGCCGCUUUACUACUUGGCAACGAUCCUUGACCCCAGGUACAAAGACCGUUAUUUUGACACAGUCACCAAGCAAGCAGCGAUAAAUAUGCUCCAGAAGCAAGUGGACAAAAUGACACACAGCAAAACAGCUAUGGAGACACCGGACACAGAAGAACCACAAGAGCAGAAGGGAAGAACAAGCAACGAGGGUGGAAAGUCGCUGCUUGACAUGCAUGAUGAAAUUCUGGAGGAACAUUCUAUCAUGGAACUGCAAGCCGGCCUGACAAGCAACCCAAAUGUGCAGAGGAAACAGCCAUCAAAGCUGAAGUCCAAACGGUUACAAGGUAUAGGAGAGCUGGAUGGGUACCUUGCCUGUGUCUCAAACCAGAUGGAUCUGCUGAACUCAUUUCCACACAUCAAAAAACUUUGUCUCAAACUCAACACUGGCCUGCCCACCUCAGCCCCAUGUGAGCGUCUUUUCAGCUGUGCAGGACUGCUUUUCACUGCAAAGCUAACUAAGGAUGAACUCUACUAAUUUUGAAGACUAACUGCUGCUCAAACUUAACAGGAAAUUCAGAGUAGUAAUCUAAAGAUGGACAAAGACAUGAUAUGUUUAGAUGUUUGUCAAGAGAAAUCACAACGCAAUUAAGAGAAAUCACAAUUUCAUUUACUUCUACUGGAAGAGACAAGACAAACGAGCCGGUACUUUCCAUCACUCAUGAUCAUAUUAUCAGGAACAUUAACAACGUGUUAAUAGUAGUUUUAUAACUCAAGAUUCUUUUCACUCAAACUGUCUUCAACUCUAAUUCAUGUGUUCACAUUUAUCAGUAACUUUAUGAACCAACAAGCAUCCUCCCCAGGAAUCAGUGGUGAAGUGACCGCAGUCACAGCUCCAGUCCACACAGUCAUCUGUGUCACGAUGUCCGGGACUGAACAAAGUGAUAGUGGAUAGGAGUGGAGCAUGUCAGUCUCCUCUCCUCAAUGAAUCCACACAGCAGCUCGUUAAUA